GAAAGGUGAAAAAACAGUUACUGCGUGAGUGCAAAUCCAGGUUAAGAUGGGUACAGAUUGGGUCUUAUUCAUGGUGUUUUCGUUAUGCCUUGGAUCACUAACGUUCUAUCAGAUAGAUCUGCAAGGACUACUUGGCAUAUUUGUUAUUUCUUUGCUAUGUCUGGGAUUGAUGACAAUGCUAAUAUUUCUCCUUGGUAACCAUGUGGAGUACCUACUACAGAAUUUUCACAGUAGAAGGAGAAAAAAGGUUGUCAUACAACAAGGUCUUAGUGAAGAUGAGUUGAAUACCAAAAAAGAAGCAUCAAGGCAGAAACUACAAGGGGAGCAUACAGUGAAGGCAACUGACUUUAAUGACCGAAUACUGAAGCCACGGCGCGAAGCAAAGGAAAAAGAAAAAGAAGAAAAGUUUUAUAGAUUUGCUGGACCAGCCUGGAAAGGGAAAGGAGAGGCACUUGGGAAUGCCAGUGAAGAAAAAUGCACAGCAGGAAGCCAUGUUGCGGGUACAAGUCGUGAUGCUGCUUCUGUACGUGUACUCCCAGAAUCUGUCACAAAUCCAACCCCACCUGUGGAUAAGGAAGCCAAACAUGCAGAAGACUUACGACGUGAAGCAAAACGUAAAGAAAAAGAAGAACAGUUUUAUAGAUUUGCUGGUCCUGCAUGGAAAGGAAAAGGACAGGCACUUGGGACUAUUACUCUUCCUGAAGAGCCUGCAGAGGGUUCACCGAUGGUAAUGACUAUAGCAUUGAAGACUCCGACAGGAAGGACACACAGACGGCGGUUUCUGUAUACUGAUAACAUUCAGAUAUUAAUUGAUUACAUGACAAAGCUUGGUUACCACCCCACAAUGUACAGCAUAUCAAGUACCUACCCAAGACACUGCUUAACAAGUGACUUAGAGAAAACCUUUGAAGAUCUAGGUCUCACUAAAGAUGUGGCAUUAGUUAUCGAAGAAAAAGAGGAUAUUGAUGAGUAGUAAAACUUUCAUACAAACCUCGUUGUUUUUUGAAUGCAGAAAAAAAAUGAAUAAUAACGGCUAAAAUAUAAAAUAAAGCAGUGUUCGUGAAAUAGAUUAGUGGUAGCGAUUUGCAUAUCACAUGGCCUGAUACAUGUAGGUAGACAUUGUGUAUACAAUUACUGAUACAAGUUAUAGGGGUCCACAAUGAAUCAGACAGCCUAUUUGUUGCUAAUAGCC